AGAAAAGCAAACAAGCUAAUUGAGCCAUACAUACAGAUACAAACCAAUUGCAGUAAUAUAUUCAUCAAUUCAAUGGCUGAAGUUUAUAACAACUUAAAGCUGGCUGUAUCUUGCACUAUCAUUUUGGCAUUUGUGUUUUCCUUUGGUUUCCAAACAGCAGUGGGAAGUAGAGCUUUAACCUACGCCCCCAAUGAAAAGGGGUCUGCAGCAUCACCGGCUGUGCCGCUUGGAGAUGAUUCCACAUGGACUACCCUCGGCCAUAGUCCGGGCAUAGGGCACAAUACCCCACCCCGGGCUUCGCGCGCUUUUGACACAUUUUCACAUGUGGAUGAUUUCAGACCGACUGACCCCGGUCACAGUCCCGGCAUCGGUCACUCAACCCCACCCCCUGCUUCGCUCGAUCUUGCCACGUUUUCACAUGUGGAUGAUUUCAGACCGACUGACCCCGGUCACAGUCCCGGCAUCGGUCACUCAACUCCACCCCCUGCUUCGCUCGAUCUUGCCACGUUUUCACAUGUGGAUGAUUUCAGACCGACUGACCCCGGUCACAGUCCCGGCGCCGGUCACUCAACCCCACCCCGUGCUUCGCGCGCUUUUGCCACGUUUUCACAUGUGGAUGAUUUCAGACCGACUGACCCCGGUCACAGUCCCGGCGCCGGUCACUCAACCCCACCCCGUGCUUCGCGCGCUUUUGCCACGUUUUCACAUGUGGAUGAUUUCAGACCGACUGACCCCGGUCACAGUCCUGGCGCCGGUCACUCAACCCCACCUCAGUCCCAGCAUCAUGGUUCGCGUCCGACUCGGCCCGGCCGGUCACAGUCACCGCGGUGGUCAAUGAAGACCGCUGCUGCCCCAGUUCAAAGUCCCGACCUUGCUCACUGAUCGAAAAUUUUCUCUAGCAUAUCUAUCAUGCGCGCUCCUUAUCGAAAAUGAUGCAGAUUAUCAUUUAUAGCCGUUCGUCAACCAAUACGUACCCCAUAUACACAUCGAUAUACAGUCUAGCAUAUUUAUUAAAUACUCCAUAAAUAAACUAUUAUGAAGUCGGAUUGGUUGAAUUAAAUACGUACGUAGUACUCCACAUAUAAUAAUGAUAAUAAUAGUAUAUGUAUGGGUAGGGCUUCUACUAAACUACAAGUCCCAACUCUCAUCCCCGGUUAGGUUUCAAUUGAUUUGUCUUGACGCAAGCUAUGUCUUGCGCAUGUAACAUUCAUCUUGCGAUCUCACUUUAUUUAAGCUUCAAUUA